AUGGUUGCCAUUAAAAUAGAAUCUGAUUCAAGUAUUAAGAGUCAUGAUGAUUCAGUAAAGAUAAAAGAGGAAAAGGACAAGGAGAUCAAGAAUGAUUCAGUAUUAAUCAAAGAAGAAAACAAAUCAAUUGCGUCAAGAGUCAAAAAGAAUGGGAAAGAAAUUAAGAGUCAUGAUGAUUCAGUAAAGAUAAAAAAAGAAAAGAACAAGGAGAUCAAGGGUGAUUCAGUAUUAAUCAAAGAAGAAAACAAAAAUGAUGAUGAUUCUUCAAUUGCGUCAAGAGUCAAAGAGAAUAAAAUGAAGAAUAUUAAAAAAGAAAUUAAGAGUCGUGAUGAUCCAGUGAACAAAAAGGAAAAGGACAAGGAGAUCAAGGAUGAUUUAGUAUUAAUCAAAGAAGAAACCAAAAAUGAUGAUUCUCCAAUUUCGUCAAGGGUCAAAAAGAAUGAAAUGAAGAAUAUUAAUAGUCGUGAUGAUUCAGUGAUCGAUAAGGAAAAGGACAAGGAGAUCAAGGAUGAUUCGAUCUUAAUCAAAGAAGAAACCAAAAAUGAUGAUGAUUCUCCAAUUUCGUCAAGGGUCAAAAAGAAUGAAAUGAAGAAUAUUAAUAGUCGGGAUGAUUCAGUGAUCAAUAAGGAAAAGGACAAGGAGAUCAAGGAUGAUUUAGUAUUAAUCAAAGAAGAAAACAAAAAUGAUAAUGAUUCUUCAAUUGCUUCAAGGGUCAAAAAGAAUAAAAUGAAGAAUAUUAAGAAAGAAAUUAGGAGUCGUGAUGAUUCAGUGACCAAUAAGGAAAAGGACAAGGAGAUCAAGGAUGAUUUAGUAUUAAUCAAAGAAGAAACCAAAAAUGAUGAUGAUUCUCCAAUUUCGUCAAGGGUCAAAAAGAAUAAAAUGAAUAUUACGAAAAAAAUUAAUAGUCGUGAUGAUCCAGUGAUCAAAAAGGAACGGGAGAUCAAGAAUGAUUCAGUAAAUAAAAAUGCCGGUGAUUCGUCAAUUGCGUCAAGG